GCAUCACCGACCACAGACAUGACAUCCGACACUUGCAGCUCCAGCGGGGAGAGUAUCAUGUCCGACCUGCCUUCGGAGAUGCUGGCAGCUCUGGACGGGAUCGAGACGACUGCCGCUUUCUCCUCCUUUGGGAAGUUCCCCGUGGUUGAUCCGGGGAUCCACGUUGCCGAUAUCGGCCAUAUCUACCUGCCCUUGAACCGCUCGCAGGCUCAACAGCUCAUCACAAAGGCCCAUCAAGCCCCCUAUGGCAAAGGGAGCGAGACCCUCGUCGAUACCUCGGUGCGCAAUACAUGGGAGUUGAACUCGGAUCAAUUCGAGCUGCGUCGACCCGACUGGAAUGCCCAUCUCAGGGAAAUCGCCGCCCGCGUGGCUCGAGACCUGGGAAUCGAGUCUCGUAUCUCGGUCGAAUUAUACAAGAUGUUGCUAUACGAAAAAGGUGCCAUGUUCAAGCCUCACACCGACACGGAGAAGGCCCCGGGGAUGGUCGCUACCCUGGUGAUCGGUCUGCCAUCUGCCCAUGAAGGAGGCGAGGUCGUGGUGAAACACCGUGGUCUCACGCAAUCCUUCAAACUGUCCAGCACCCAGUGCUCGUAUGCCAGCUGGUACUCCGACGUGGUGCACGAAGUGCUGCCGGUCACCUCGGGCUAUCGGUGGGUGCUCACCUACAACAUCACGCUGGAUGGUGCGCAAACUCAUCGCCCAACAAGACUUGCGCGCCCAGACGCGUUGUGCCUGUACAAGACAAUCAAGCACUGGGCUGAACAGGACGGAGAGCCAUCAGACCACUUCUGGUACAAGCUCGACCACGAAUAUACACAAGCCAGUAUCUCGCUGAAGGCGUUGAAAACGCGGGAUCUGGCAUGCGUGCAGACGCUGGACGAAAUCUCCACCAAGGUGCCCGUGGAUAUCUUUCUGGCUGUGCUAGAAAAGCAAGAGAUUGGGAGCUGUGCAUAUGAUACAUACGACUCUGGCCACCACGGCUAUCACCCGUUCGAGGAACUGAUUGACGCAAGCUAUGAGGUCAAAUCGUUGGUCGACCUGGACGGCAAUCAAGUGCUGAAAGGCAGGCGUCUGGACCCGAGUGAGAUUCUCCAGGCCGAUUGCUUUGAGGAUCUUCCGAUAGCGGAGGAAUACUACCAAGGCUACCAGGGAAAUUGGGGCCCAGAAGCAACUCAUUGGUACCGAGUGACGGCAGUGGCGAUCGUAGCUCGACACUCGACCCCGUCGUUUCUCCUAGGAUCGUUGGCGAAGGUCGUCAAUCCGAUUAUGGGGCCCGCCUGGGGUAGAGACGAUCAGAAGACCAUCAGCUGGGUUGUCGACUACUAUGCGAAACGCAUCAUAGACUCCGACUCUGAUACUUCCCUGCUGCAAAGCUUCAAAGAGCUGAUGUCGAUGAUUUGGAACAUGGAUGUCAAAACGCCCGAGCCACGGAGAGCCCCGUUCUUGGGGGAGGAUACCACGAUGCAGGUCCUCAAGGCCGCGGUCAGAACCCGAGAUGGGGCGUUUUUCAAAGAAUGCGCCCAGCGCCACCAUGGAAAGCUAUCAGAGGGAUUCUUCACAUGGGCUCAGGAGCAACUGGCCUCCGGACAGAUCACUCUCACUGAGGUCCAAGACGGAUUACGGGCUGCGGUCUUUGCCUACCCUCUGUUCAGGACCCGAUAUGCAGCAGUGGCGCGCUUGUUGCCUCUGAACAACCCGAUGCCGGAUGAAGUUCGCCGCUGGGUGCACGAGAUGAACGAUCAGUUACUGGAUCCUCAGGGGCAGCAACAGUUGGAAUACCAAGACGGGGUGUUCCUAGUACUUAUAGCCAGGGGAUAUUAUGGUGCCUCCUACGCCUUGACUCGCAUUUCCACGUUUAUCAACCACACGCGUCAGAAUCCCUGCUUUGUUAUCGGCGUGCUAUCUCGGAUGCAUGAAGAUGUGAAAUCCGGCCACCUGCCAGAAGCUGCAGGCAUGGCGAUCUUUCAGUCGACGGCACACAAGCUACUUAGCAGACUCAACAGUUCUAGUUUCAAUCUCACCGAAAGCCCACCACGUCCGACACGGAGACCAGACACCGUGGAAGCACGUUACCGACGGCGAUACGAAAGCAGCCGGCCCGCUGAACCAGAGCCAGCGAACCCGGCGAUUUUCGGCCCGCACUUCGCAAGCUUCGCCCGGGCCCUGAUCGACUACGAGGGGGAAGACAAUCUCAUCGACCGUCUGUGGCAGGGGAUCAUCUCGAGCGCCACAAGCAUAAGCGCUCCCACAUUCCAAGCACUGUGGCUCCCCUUUCUCCACGCGAUGAUCCCAUUCUACACCGACAACCCCGAACACCCUUCACGACCGCGCUUCCACCAAGUCAUCGCCACCCUCCUCAAGGCCUAUAUCACCACCUAUGUUGGCCCUCGCCCCGUCGAGGAUCCCUCCAACGUCCGGCCGCAGCAGGUCACCUGCUUCCUCCGCGAGAGGGGGGGAUGCAACCUCUGCCCUCAACUCAAUACCUUCCUACGCGAUCCCACCCGAACGGAGUGGAAAUGGUCUCUCUUCUCCAGCGAGAGGGCGCACAUUCAUCAGGUACUAGAUAUGGGAGGCGUGGCCUGCACGCACGUCACCGAUCGUUCGGUGUUCUCGAAUUCGAGCUACCAGGGUCUCGUCUUGACGAAGACCUUUCCCCACGCGGCGCAGACCCAAAGAGCCUGGGCGCAGCGGAAAGCCGAAGCGGGCAGGAAAUUGCAUGAAUUCCGUCCGGCGGAUCUGCGGGCCGCGCUGGGGCCAAAGUAUUGGGAUAUCGUGGAGAUGCGCUGUCUGGAGACGCCAGGUAGGCAGGCUGUGGGUCAGGGUGUGGAGGGUACAACGAGUGCCACGACCGCCCGAUCCCACCCACAGCGACAGGAUCGGUACGCAGGUUCCAGUUCCUCGGUACUGCGCAAAAAGAGGAGCGCCGCUGAGGCCGAGAUUGUGGACCUUACGGGGGAUUAUUGAGACGAUGGGUUUACGGUUUAAGCUGCGGGCCAGACGGUUGGAGUGAAGUAAGAAAUGAUCCUUUUGUAUGCUAGACCAUGCAUGGCUAUGUCAAGGGCUUGGUGCGGUAAACACCUUUCGAAUAGAGCAGCAUGCUGGCUGUUGCUUGUGUAGGGCUACGCGAUUGCACUGCCUGGAAAAUUGACUAAGUUAGGGUUGG